CAGGUAGUGUGUGGGAAGACCAACCGACACCGGCUACUCGUCUUCACGGGCCGCCUGUCUCCGGUCCGAGGAGAAAAUGAAGUUAAUCACCUCCUCCUCCUGUGUCCUGCGCAUAGGCCUGUAUCUCACAGUUGUCCCAAGACUCAAACAGUUUAGAGAACUAUGCCGUCAAAUAGCCUACAGAGUAGCUUUUCGUGGCAAAUCUUUCGUUUUCUUUUAGUGAAUGAUCCAAAAACACGGGACGGUUAAAGAUACAGAACUGCUCACAAACUCGUUUGGCGUGAUGAGGGAUCGUCUGAGUCACCUUCAGGCUCUGAGUGAGUCGGAGGAGCACCUGGCGGAGCUGGAGGAGAGCGAGUACGGCGAUGACGUCGUCUCCGUGGGCAACGACACCCUGAGCUCCGUGGACCUGCAGGAGGAGGAGGAGGAGAUACGGCCGCAGGCGGUGGUGUGGGCCCGCGGGGGGGAGGAGGUGGAGGAGGUGCUGCAGGAGGCGCAGGAGGUGCGGCGGGAGGUGCAGCUGAUGCGUGUGGACGUGCGGCGCCUCCGCGAGCAGAACGGGCGCCUCCUGAGCGAGCCCACGCGCACCACGGCCGUCAAGCGCGACUCCAACGCCAUCGGCGCCGACAUCAAGACGCGCGGGCAGGACGUGCUGGCCAGCCUGCGCAAGAUGGACGCCCGCGCGCGCACGCUGGAGGACGAGCACGGGGUCAACUCGGCCGUGGCGCGCAUCGCCCGCACGCAGUACGCCUGCCUCAGCAACGGCUUCCGCGACGCCAUGACGGACUACAACGAGGCCGAGAUGAGCCACCGCGACGCCGUCAAGGCGCACAUCCGGCGGCAGAUGGAGAUCGUGGGGACGACGGACGUGUCCGGCGAGCAGAUGGAGGACAUGCUGGAGGCCGGCCGCUGGAACGUCUUCGCCGAUAACGUGCUGGCGGAGGGCAAGACGGCGCGUGCGGCGCUCGGGCAGAUCGAGCGGCGGCACCGGGAGCUGCUGGAGCUGGAGAGUCGCGUGCGCGGCGUGCACGAGGUGUUCCUGGACGUGGCCGUGCUGGUGGAGGAGCAGGGGCCCAUGAUGGACACCAUCCUCGCACACGUGCAGAAGACCGACGCGCAGCUGGCCGACGCUAUCGUGCGCCUCACCAAGGCCAAGAAGCACGACAAGUCCAACCCCUGCAAGCAGAUGUUCUGCGGCUGCUUCCCCUGCUACAAAUGACCCCCGACCCCAAAUGACCUCUGACUCAUAUGACCCCGACCCCAUAUGACCUCUGACCCAUAUGACAAGUCCAACCCCUGCAAGCAGAUGCUCUGCGGCUGCUUCCCCUGCUACAAAUGACCCCCGACCCCAAAUGACCUCUGACUCAUAUGACCCCGACCCCAUAUGACCUCUGACCCAUAUGACAAGUCCAACCCCUGCAAGCAGAUGCUCUGCGGCUGCUUCCCCUGCUACAAAUGACCCCCGACCCCAAAUGACCUCUGACUCAUAUGACCCCGACCCCAUAUGACCCCCUGACCCCGACCCCAUAUGACCUCUGACCCAUAUGACAAGUCCAACCCCUGCAAGCAGAUGCUCUGCGGCUGCUUCCCCUGCUACAAAUGACCCCCUGACCCCAUAUGACCCCGACCCCAUAUGACCUCUGACCCAUAUGGCCCCCGACCCCAAAUGACCUCUGACCCAUAUGCCCCCCGACCCCAAAUGACCUCUGACCCAUAUGCCCCCCGACCCCAAAUGACCCCCUGACCCCAUAUGACCCCGACCCCAUAUGAUCCCCUGACCCCGACCCCAUAUGACCUCUGACCCAUAU